AUGGAUGGGUGGCCAGCGGAAAUCUGGAUGGAGAUAUGCAAGUUGUUGGGACCGGCGGACCUCUUCCGACUUCGGUUGUGCUCCACUAAACUGAACCGCAUAGUUUGUGACUGCAGCGAGGUGUGGCACGGGAUGUGCACAGAGCGGUGGCUCGCGGAGGAGGCAAUGGAGGCGAUCGUGCAGGGCAGCACAAGGAACACGGCGGGACCGGGGGAGGACUGGUUCCAGUACUUUCGGUUCCGCAGCAACGUGGAUGCGCGGUUAGCGCGGGCAGUGGCGGAGCUGGGGACGCUGGAGCACGGCGAGGGCUUCUGGCAGGCGUUCUGGGGCGUGUUUCGGUUCCGGCGGCACAUGGUGCCGUUUCUCCGGCGGGAGACGGCGGGCGGGUACAGCGUGGGGCGCAGCUUGAGGCAGCAGUGUCUCGCGCAGCGGUUGCUCACGACGCUCCGGCACGGCGCGGUGUUUGCGUGCAUCGAUGGGACGCAGCGGGAGGGCGAGGGGCGCGCGAUGGUGAUUGCGGAGGAGGCACUCUUUGUGCCGAUCGCGGCGAUGGACCCGUGCUUCGACCGCCUUCUGGCGCACCGCGCGGCGUUCUUCGCCGCGGUGCAGGAGCAGGUGCAGCGGGACUACGGGGCGAUGGAACAGUUCCACAAGUUCCCCGACACGAUCCGUGUCGACAAGUUGGUCACGUAUAUAUGGCGCGUGUUCGAGCGCGUCUGCGUGUACCCGCCGAACCAGCAGCGCUGCCAUCUCGAAGACAUCAUGCUCUUGCGUGUGUACUGCGGCGAGGCGCGGGGGCACCCGCUCUUGCUCAUGGCGAUCGUUCAGGCGGUGGCGGCACGCUACGGGGUGCAGACGCUCCUCUGCGAGCAGGUAUUGAUCAUCAUUGACCGCAAGUUGCGCGGCGGACAGUCAUACUUGAUGAUCCCGCUGCGAGGGAACGCAAAGCCGCGCAUCUUCACGCGGCGGCGCUUGCUCGACACUAUGCGGCACACAAUACCCAACAUUGCCGACCCGCGGAGCCUGGCGCUCGCCCGGUUCCUCACUCCGCUCACGAAGCGCGCGGGUGCUGAGAAAAUCUUCAAAGACUGGUCCAUCUACUGCGACAAAUCCAUAUGGCGGACGAUCCCUGAUCACUCGCCCAAUGGCAUUCUGCGCUACCUCCCGCACUCCUGCACGCCGAUGGACGAAUCCAUCUUUGAGUAUUUCAUCGUCUAUUGGAAAACCGCAACAGCAAACCACUCCACGAACAACAUUUUCCACACCGUUCUUCUCAAGCAAUUCGAAACGAUCUUGGUCAAGAAGUAUCCCGGCGACGCAAUCCACUUUGUCGAUUGCCGGGAGCAGCUCAUGGACUCCAUUAUCGAGAUGUCCUUUCGCGAGUCCAUCUGCGAACACGUCAGCAUGCAGCACAUCCACAAGGUGCCCGAAAUGGGAUGCAUUGUCCGCCAGAAGAACAGCGGCUCAUUGAGCGUUGUAAUCGGCGGCAAAAAGACCGACAUGGACACCUACUUGGUCAUAAUGGAUAUCAUAGGUAACUAUAACGUCGUCCACGGCGACGACGUCGAGGUGACCAGGGAGUACUCCUGGGACCUCAUACUAAAACUUAUGAGCAUGAGCGACUUGGGCAUCUACUUUGAACGCUGGGACAAGGAAUCUAAGCGUCUUGUACUGAAUAAGCAGCUUCAAGAAAUGAUAACCCCAGCAUAA